AGAGAGGUGGGCCUAGAACCCAGCGGACAGGCUGACCGGACGCAGGGCUUGGCGGCUGCGUGGGUACCGUGUGGGGGAGGGGCGCCAGGCUUCUCCUAUCUGAUCUCUAGAUAGCCAGGCCCCCCCUGACGAUGGCCAGCCGGGGUGGGGGCCGGGGCCGGGGCCGGGGUCAGCUGACCUUCAACAUGGAGGCUGUGGGCAUUGGUAAAGGGGAUGCCCUGCCCCCUCCCACCCUCAAGCCCUCCCCACUCUUUCCUCCCCUGGAGUUCCGUCCUGUGCCCCUGCCCUCAGGAGAAGAAGGUGAGUAUGUGCUCGCCCUGAAACAGGAGCUUCGUGGGGCCAUGAGGCAGCUUCCCUACUUCAUUCGUCCAGCAGCACCCAAGAGAGAUGUGGAGCGUUAUUCAGACAAAUAUCAGAUGUCGGGGCCAAUUGACAAUGCGAUUGAUUGGAAUCCUGAUUGGAGGCGUCUCCCCAGAGAGCUCAAGAUACGGGUUCGAAAACUGCAGAAAGAGCGGACAACAAUCCUGAUCCCCAAGAGGGCCCCUAAAACCCCUGCAGAGAAAGAAGAAACAAUUCAAAAACUGGAGACCUUGGAGAAGAAGGAAGAAGAAGUGACUUCAGAAGAAGAUGAGGAGAAAGAAGAAGAGGAAGAGAAAGAAGAUGAGGAGGAGGAGGAGUAUGAUGAAGAAGAGCACGAGGAGGAGACAGAUUACAUCAUGUCAUAUUUUGACAAUGGAGAAGACUUUGGGGGUGACAGCGAUGACAACAUGGAUGAGGCAAUUUACUGAAGAAGCAGCUCCAAUAACUCCCACCACCCCAAUCUUCUCAGCUGUAGAGACUGAGAGACUAUUCUAGCCAUUUGUGGUCAUGGGCACACCAUCCUUUUAACUAAUCCCAGCCAGAGCCAAGAAAUGCCAUUGCCUCUUUGGAGGGAGGAACAAAGACCUCUUGGCUAUUGAUAGUUUUCCUUCCCGGGUUAUAGUGGCUGGACCUUACCUCUGUUGCUUUGGAGAGGAGGCAAAGGACUGAAUUUUUAAUUGUUUUAUACUUUGAGGAAAAGGAGAGUGAGAAGAGUGAGUAGGAGAAGUCACAACUGCCCCCCUCUCUCCUGCCUCCCUGUUCCUACCCUGUAGAAUUUUCUUUUUUGGAGAAAAUUGGGGAUUAGGAAAAAGUAGGGAUGAGGCCAGUUUUAUGGUUUUUAAAUAAAGUUUUGUUCUCUA